UCUCUAAACCGCGGCUUAGCUUGAUUUAAGAGUCUCUUUCCUGUGGGAAUCUCUAUCAACCCCCACUGAAUAUAUAUUUUCCAAGGGGCCGUCGAGUUCUUAUAAACCAAACCACCAAUUCAACCUUCUAUCAUUGUUUCACCACCAUCUCUCUCUCUCUCUCUCUCUGGUAAUAACUGUUUUUUGCAGAAUAUGGAAUCAUUCCACUUCUGUAACGUUAGCAUAUGCUCAUGGUUUCCUCAUGCAUCAACCACACCUUUUCCUUUUCCCAACUCCUAAUCUUCUCUUCAUCUGAGUUUUUUUUUCUCUUUUAUCAAGUAAAACAUUAAAUUUGUAAAUGGAGGAAGAACGGCGUGUCGUUCUGUUCGGGAAAUACGAAAUAGGAAGGCUUUUAGGCAAAGGAACCUUCGCUAAAGUCUACCACGCAAAACACAUCACCACCGGCGAAAGCGUCGCGAUCAAGAUCAUCAACAAAGACCACGUCAUGAAACGUAACGGCAUGAUGGAUCAGAUCAAGCGCGAGAUCUCCAUCAUGAAGCUCGUCCGCCACCCCAACAUCGUCGAGCUCAAAGAAGUCAUGGCGACCAAGACGAAGAUCUUCUUCGUGAUGGAGUUCGUCAGAGGCGGAGAGCUUUUCGCCAAAGUCGUUAAAGGGAAACUUAAAGAAGACGCGGCGCGUAGAUAUUUCCAGCAGCUGAUCUCGGCCGUCGAUUUCUGCCACAGCAGGGGCGUCUCUCACCGCGAUCUGAAGCCGGAGAAUCUCCUCGUCGACGAGAACGGAGAUCUCAAGGUCUCCGACUUCGGACUCUCGGCCUUGCCCGAGCAGCUUCUCCAAGACGGAUUGCUACACACUCAGUGCGGCACGCCUGCUUACGUGGCGCCAGAGGUUUUGAGAAAGAAGGGAUACGAUGGCGCGAAAGCGGAUAUUUGGUCGUGCGGCGUCGUUUUGUACGUGCUUCUCGCUGGAUACCUUCCGUUUCAAGAAGAGAAUCUCAUGAACAUGUAUCGAAAGAUCUUCAAGGCGGAGUUCGAUUUUCCUCCAUGGUUUUCCCCCGAGGCGAGGAGGCUGAUCUCGAAGCUCCUCGUCGUCGAUCCGGAGAAACGGAUCUCGAUCCCGGCGAUCACGCGGACGCCGUGGUUUCGGAAAAGCUUCAAAGCUCCGAUGAUCACGGUCCUUAACGACGGCGAGGAGGAGGAGGACGGAGCGGCGGCGCCGGCGGUGGUGGUGUCGCCGAAGUUUUUCAACGCGUUUGAGUUUAUCUCGUCGAUGUCGUCGGGGUUCGAUCUGUCGAGUUUGUUCGAGAGCAAGAGGAAGGUGAGGUCCAUGUUCACGUCGCGGUGGUCAGCGGCGGAGAUAAUGGGGAAGAUGGAAGGGAUCGGGAAGGAGAUGGGGAUGAAGGUGAAGAGGACGAAGGAUUUCAAGGUGAGGAUGCAGGGGAAGACGGAGGGGAGGAAGGGGCAGAUAACGGUGACGGCGGAGGUUUUCGAGGUUGCGCCGGAGGUUGCCGUCGUGGAGCUGUGUAAAUCGGCUGGAGACACUCUGGAGUAUAACAAGUUGUAUGAGGAGCAAGUCAGGCCGGCGUUGAAGGACAUCGUGUGGUCGUGGCACGGUGACAAUAAUAAUAAUAAUAAUAUUAUUAUUAAUGACAGUAAUAAUAGUAGUAAUAAUUAUACUAGCGAUGAAAACUCUGGUAGUGACUGUGAGAGAAUAUAAUGAUAGUAAUGUGAAGCUGUUGAUUUGGUUUGUUUAAUUCGCUUGUUAUUAGACUCGGGAAGAUUUUUGUGUAUAUGGAACCGUUUAGUUCAUUAAGAAACUUAAAUUAGUCAUA